AUGGCUGCUGAAGCAUCAAUAUACACGUACCUCGCAGAAUCGCACACACAUCCCACAGGCACAGAACACAAACCCCUAAAACGACUUCCCGGGCUACUAAAAAGUGGUAUUACACCCAUUACACCACCACCAUAUGAUAACUACUACAAACAUAAAGCCCACCAGGAUUUAAAAUGGUAUCAGGCGGACAGAUUCGGGGGUUUUACUACGCAAGAAAUCCAUCUUCAUGAUGCGUUUGCUCCGUAUUCUAAAGCUAAGGCUGCGGGAAAAUUAACUUGUCCUAUUCAUCCCAUCAUACAAAGGACGAAAUGGAGACGAAAAUUACCCGCGCAAUUGGCUAGAUAUCCGCUUGGGAAUGGACGGGAGGGUUAUUGGGAUGCUGUAAGAAGGAGUCCUGAGGGGAUUGCGGGAUAUAUGUUCGAUGCAUUAUUCCUCGGAGAAAUGGAAGAAAUAGACGGAAUCGAUUUACCUGCAGAACUACAGGGGAAAAAAGGAUAUCGAAAAUUCAAACUUAGACCCCCCCACAUAUCUGCGCAGGAAUCCGAGCGCAGACGUGUUCAAGGGAUGCUUGAAAGAUUUAGGGAUGAUGUGACGUUGGAUUUGAGUAGUGGACAUACGGAUACUAAAUCGGGAUUACCUGAUGAGUUUGAAUUUGCGAAUACAAGUGGAUCGCUGGAUCAUGCUUUUUGGGAAUGUCUACGGAAAUGGGGUGUUCGAGUUGACGGUGCGGAUGUGGUUGGGUUGAAGUUAGAACCCUGGUUUGAGCAUGAAAGAACUUCUGAACUGAAACCACGAGACUAUUUGGUUUCACAUGUAUGGCCAAUAACUUUAAGUUAUUUUAUAGAUAUCCAAAACCAAACAUGGUGGAGUACAUACAAAAUGGUAUUCGGAGCUAGAAGCACACAAAUUCCAAAAAUAUUCGGAAAAAGAACCAUCAAUAGACUAGAUGGUCAACCUCCUGCACCUCCCUCUGUUGGAUUCGAGAAUAUAGAUGGAGAUUUCAUGGGAGUAGGACCUAUGAAUCAAAUGCAAAAUAUUGCACAAUGGUUACGCAACUCGUAUAAGCAACGCGCAUAUCAAAUCAGAGAUGCAUUGAUUGCUCAUGGGAAUUUAGAAAGUAGUUUUCCAGUCGCAGGCUGGCCACUAUCACCGCCACCUGAUGACAAUGAGGAUGACGAUUACGAAGACGAGGACGAGGAGGACGAAGAUGAGGAAGACGAAGACAAUGAAGAAGUACCUUUUUGCUCACGCUAUGAUGAGAUCAAAAGCUAUUUAAUCAAUCAAAAGAGGGAAUUGGCUAUUGAUACGAUGAAAUUCAGAAUGCCAGAACAUACCCUCCAUCAAUAUAUACGUAGAAACGGCGGAAUAGAUUUAAGCGCUGAUGAAUGGAGAGAAUUUCUCUUAAACUGUACCGAGCGCAAGGAACUAUUUCAAAUUCGUCAGAAGAAUGGAAAAUUGCCUACUCCAUAUCAUGCGAUUCUCCGAAUGCUUAGUACCGGAUGGUCCACGAAUUUAGCAGCUCCAGAUACUCCGGUGCAGGUGAAUAUAUCAAGAGCACAAGCAGAAUGUUUCUUCAAUGCUAGUGUGAUUUAUUUAACCGAUAGAAAAGAACCUUGGUACAGAUUGGAUUUUUGGGAUGCCGAUGUGGAGAUUUUUCGAACUUUGUGUAACAAUUGGUUGGUGGCUAACAAUCGAGGUGAUCCCCUCCCGAAGGAUAUCUUUGAAGCAUGUAUACAUGCUAGAGUGCAGCCUCGAUUUGUCCUUGGUCCUAAAGGUAUUGUCCGGAAAUUGCCUGGACCACCUCCAAAAGCGACGGCAUCCAGGAAAAGGCAAGCGAAAGGCCUUCAACCCGGUCCUCCAUCGAAGCAUCGGAGUCAAAAUCGUCUUACGUAA